CUCUACUAUACUUGAUGACCUUCAGAAGCCGAAUUCUACAACCUUAAGACCGAAAUUUUGCAUAUUGCAAAUUGCUUCCUUCAGAACGAAUAUCAAGUCGCCGGAAAAGACUUCUCAUCCGCCGGCGCGCGUCGCGUAUCGCGUAGCACGAGACUUCCUACAGAUGUGUUGAUUCGAGGAUUCAUGACAGUUUUGAUAGGACGAUCAAAAUAUGAAGGAAGAAGAACGGGAGGCUCUAACAGAGCGGUCAAAUGCUCUUCGCCUGGAAUUGAAAACAUGGGAGAAGAACUUCGCCGCCUCCCACAAUGGGCAGAAAGCCUCCCGCGAUGACAUCAAGAAGCACCCAGCUAUUGCUGCGAAAUACAAGGAAUAUAAUAAGGCCCGCGAUAUUUUGUCGGGGAAGAUAGUUCAGCCUCCACCAAGUCAUCAUGAGACUCCUCGAAAGCGAAAGCACGAGGAUGGGCACGCUCAGCCUUCCAAACGUUUCCAGAUUAUGAAGACGCCCUCGAAAAACACAAUGCUACCAUGGGAAGUCGAUCCAUAUGAAUCGCCUUCUGCCGUACGCAAUAUAUUCACGCCCUCGAAGAAGACUGCUAUUGGGCCGACACCACAAAAGGAUGGACAGGUUUUGGGGAUAUUUGAUCUUCUCGAGGAAAGCAAUACACCAUCUAAGAAGAACAGCGCAUCUGGAGCAAAUCUGCAAGCUUUACUCCAUUCUACGCCUCGCAAACCGCCCAACGAUAUACAUGCUACUCCCAGGCACACCAGAACGCCAGCUUCAGCUGGAAAACGUUUCAUGCUCGACAAGUUCACCACGCCGUCGAAGAAUCCACAUCCCAACGGGCAAGGGGGGAAGACACCAUCAUCCGUGUCAAAACUGUACUUCGCCACGCCGUCGUUCCUAAGGCGAGACAGCCAGCGACCACAGAUGCCCACCGUGAACGAGAACGACGAAGACCUAGAACUAUCACCCCAACCCCUCCGCCUCCCCAGAAAACCUCUAGUCCGCGGCCUGAGCAGCAUGUUAGCCGGCCUCCGCAAAAUGGAAGAAGAAGCCGCCGACGAAGACCUCGAAGCCCUACACGAGAUGGAGAACGAGCUAGCCGCAGUCGGCCGCGACCCACCCUCUAAAGCACCGAUCCCCACACCCCAGGAAACCGUGCAAGUGGAAGAAGCUAGCCAACCCCGCCUACCCCUCGGCGGGUUCGACGACGAAGCCCUCCUCGACAGCGAGCCCGACGAGCUCCAGAACCCCACACUCGGCCGCGACGGCCUCCCCCUCAAGAUCUACAAGAAGAAAGGACAGAAACGCACCACGCGCCGCGUGACCCUGAAACCAUCGCGCGCCAAACCCGUUUCCGCGCCCCGCAGCGCCGACGAGGAGGAAGAGGGGGCUAGCGAUGAUGAAUUCACCACGGCAGCAGCAGCGGACGAUAGCACGAUCCCCGAGACGCAGCAAGCCGCUGCCGACGACGACGACACGACGGCGGCUGCCUUCGAAGAUGCGCGCAAUUUCGACUCGGAUUCGCAAUCAGAAUACACGGCUUCCGAGGGGGGCACGCGGUACAGACGGCCUAAUCAGGGACGGCGGGGAAGCGCGAAGGAGGGCAAGAUCCGGACGGUGGCGAGGAAGGUGAACGCGGUAGCGCAUCAGAACUUCAAGAGGUUGAAGUUGAGGAAUUCAGGCGCCAAGGGGGGACCGGCUCAUAAUAGUCGGUUCCGGAGGAGGAAAUGAAGCUCACGCGUGGGGUUGGUUGGAUGAAAUGAACGAACGAGCCUCAUCCUCUCGUCUCGAUUCGACUACAUAUAUGAGUUAACGUGUCCAAUGUCUAUAUCACG